GAUUGAGGAGAGCUGUCCUCAGCACAGUGGAAAAACAACUUAAAUGAUAUAUGCAGGGAAUGGCUCAUACAUGGAAGGAGCCUCUGCCUUCUGCAAAGAAUUUAUGGUCCUUCACCACCAUCAUGUCAUCUAGAUAUUCUAUUCCAAAAAAAGUGAAUUACUAUUCUCUUCUUUUGCUCCUUCAUUACUGGAAAUUCAUUCCAUUACCUUCUUGACUUCAAUCAAUAAAUGAGCAAAGGAAACAAGAAGAGCUGUGGUAUGGGUAGCAUCAUAAGCAAGAAGGAGAGCAGCCCAGGUAAGGAGCUCGGCUACAUGGGGCUUAGGGAGAAGAUAAAGCUAUUACAGGAUGAGAUUCAUGAGAUAAAGCAAUUGAGAGAGAUGGAAUGUCAAACCCACGAGCGACAGGUGAGGAUCAGUGCGUGGAAGGAAGCAGAGUGGAAGGAUGAGAGGAAGAAGUUGAGAGAGGAGGUGAGGAGGUUAAGAAAGGAAUUGACAGCCAAAGAGGUGAGAAUUCAGGGGAUGGAGAAUGGUGUAGUUGCAGGGAAAAGUGACAGUAAAGAGUGGCAAUUGCAACUGCUGGGAAGCAAAUUCUUGGUUGAGCACUUGAGGGAGGAACAAGCCCGUCGGGAUGAGGCUGUGGAGAAAUGGAAGAGACUCUACAUUGCUAUCAAGACAGAGCUUGACACUCUCAUUCAGAGAGCUCAUCAAGGAGAUAGACUGUAUUGGGGAGAGGAGCAGAACACCAUAGAAGCAUUGAAGAGGGAAUUGAAUGGUAAGGAAGAAACAGUCCAAGACUUGAAAGCCAAAAUAGCUACCAUGGAGAAGGAAGGAGUCAAAAAGGAAAGGGAGGUAGACAUACUGAGGCAGAGCCUACGAAUCUUGAGCAGCAAGAAAAGGGUCACCCAUGUUACUAAGGGUCCCUCUAAGAAGCUUGGGCAUGUAAAAUUUGAUUGGUGAUGGCCACAGCUGGUAGCCUGGUACAUAAUUUGUUUCUACUUUCAGGAUAUUACAGUAAGAAUGCCCGUAAAGAAUUUGAUCAAGCACAACGAUGCAUGAAUUCAAGAAUCAGAAACAGAAGAAAAGAUGAAAUCUAAGUAAAUAAAACUCUUUUAAGUUAAAGGA